GUGGAAGGGGUGGGAUUUUUUUUGGCAGUAGGAGUUAGGGCUCGGUCUCAUACACCCUGUUCUAAGGAGCACAGGGUCCCAUGCGCCUUGUUUUGCUGUUGAAGUGAUGCCGGUUUGCAAACUACCUGUUUUACUGUCUGUUUUACUCUCAGAUUUGCUGUUUGUCUACUUUUUGCCAAGCAGGCUAACCCUUCCCUGUGGCUUACUGACACCAGAUAGCGGAACUCGUUGCAGGCUCUGAUACCCUUAAGAUGUGUGAUACAACAUGCUGCUUCAAUGCAAAAGAUGCAACCUUAAGGCCUUUUCAGACACAGAGCACUUGACCCAACUGCUACAGUUGCGAGAUCUCUGCUACGAGGGUUAGAAGAGGGAUUUAACCCUUGUAAAAGGAAGGUGUGAGUGUUAGCCCUAGAAGCGGCAGUUGUCCUGCAUUGGGUUCUCCCAGGCAACUCCAGAUAAGCAUUGCCAAUGGAUGAACUGGUGCAUGACUUGGCCUCAGCCUUAGAGCAGACUUCAGAGCAAAACAAGCUGGAGGAGCUAUGGGAAGAGAUGGCCCUAAGCCCACGGCAGCAGCGGCGUCAGCUUCGCAAGAGACGGGGUCGUAAACGACGCUCAGACUUCACGCAUCAGGCAGAGCACGCCUGCUGCUACAGCGAGGCCUCAGAGUCAAGCUUGGACGAAGCUGCCAAGGAUUGCCGUGAGGUGCUGACAGCCAAUUUCAGUGACUCUGAUGACAUGGCAGUGGUCAAACGACACCCAGCUCUCAGUGCCACCCUGAGGAGCAAGCAACACUCAUGGCAUGAGUCAGACUCCUUUACAGAGAACGCGCCCUGUCGACCUCUCAGGCGCCGACGGAAAGUCAAACGUGUGACAUCAGAGGUGGCCGCCAGUCUCCAGCAGAAGCUCAGGGUGUCAGAGUGGAACUACGAGAGGGGCUGCAGGUUCAAGUCAGCCAAGAAACAGCGUCUUUCACGCUGGAAAGAAAAUACCCCUUGGACAUCAUCCAGUCAUGGCCUUUGUGAAUCAGGAGAAAACAGGCCCUUCCUUAGCAAAGGGGGAAGGAAGGAGCGGAUGGAGUGUGAUGCUGAUGAACAGAAACAGGGUUCUGAUGAAAACAUGUCAGAAUGUGAAACCAGCAGUGUAUGCAGCAGCAGCGAUACUGGCCUGUUUACCAAUGAUGAGGGCCGCCAAGGAGAUGAUGAGCAAAGUGAUUGGUUUUAUGAAGGAGAAUGUGUUCCAGGAUUCACUGUCCCCAACCUUCUUCCCAAGUGGGGAGCUGACCACCGAUCUGAAGUGGAGCGGAUUGACUCAGGCCUGGACAAGCUCUCAGAUUCCACCUUCCUUUUGCCCUCGCGGCCAGCACAGAGAGGAUUUCAUGCUCGCCUGAAUCGCCUUCCAGGAGCUGCUGCACGUUGUCUCCGAAAAGGCCGGAGGAGGCUUGUUGGCAAGGAGACCUCCAUGAGCACUCUGGGCACCGAAAGGCUAGGUCAUAUUGUUAGUGAUCCGCGCCAGAAAGAUUUUUGGUUACUAUCCAUGGGGAAGAGAGAUCGCAACCAGUUCAAUCCAUUAUCUCCUCUGUACUCUCUGGAUGUGCUUGCUGAUGCUUCCCACCGAAGAUGCUCACCAGCACACUGCACUGCCAGGCAAGCAAAUCUACACCUGGGACCACCAUGUUCAAGGGACAUCAAGAGGAAACGAAAGCCACCUGCAGCCUCCAUGUCCAGCCCAACAUCAGCAACUUUAUCUGUCCCCAUGGAUGCAGCAGAGUCAGAGCUACCAGCAACACCAUCUCUGAGAUCCCAGAACUCUGAGUGGACAGGGAAAACACCAGCAGUCGAGAAAGCAACUAUUGCUGCCUCCAGUAACUUUUUUAAAAUGCCACCAGAGAAGAGUCCUGGAUACAGCUAAAACGAAGUAUUGCAACUGUAAAAGCUUUCUGGAUUUCAGAAGUGUUUGACUGGUGUGUGUCUUCCCCAAAUAUCUUGUUUGGCAGUAGUGACAUCUUCAGUAUUGGUGCAUGAUGUGUGCCAUCAUCCAGGCUGAUCUGCGUGCCCCACAUACCUAAACCAUGUUUGUGAAUCUGUUUUAAAAAAGGUAAUCAGUGUUGGGACCGCAGUAGCUUUUAAAAAUGUUCUUGCUAUUGAUGUAUUUAUUAUGCAUUCAUCUCCUUCCCUGAUGCCAGCUCAUAUGUGCUGGGUCAUGUACAGUUUCUUUUGGGUCUUCAGAUCCUUCUUCACUCCUGGAUAUGUUGCUUGUUUGUGAUUUGGCAUUUUUUGGAUGAAAGUCCCACUACUGCUCAGGGAGGCAAAAGUCUCCCCCUGCUUUCUUCUAGGCCAGGAGGAUUUCUUGGCUGGGGAAUGAGAAGGGAAUGCAAAUAGGUUGAAAUAUGAAACCUGAAUUCUGUAUUAGCAGAAUGUUUGCAGGCCAUGUGCUACUGGACUCAAAUCAUGUUGCUUCUAGUGAAGCAAAUAUGGUGCUUGUCCAUUCAGAAAUUGCCAUUGGCUCACUGGCAGCAUGGUCUGUUAGACCUUUUCCUUCUCCUUUGUUCUGAAUGUCUUUAGUCUUGCUUGUGUAUUGCAUGUUUUUUCCUAAAUGUCCUACUGGAUAAGGAUUUAGGAGAACUACUUGGACAUAAAUGUGCAAGCUGGUGUCCUGGGAGGGAACCUGGGUCCUUGAAUAUCCUUGGAGUAUGGUAGAAGAUAUACAAAACUUCCAUUUCUCGGUAUAUAAAUUAAAAAAUUACUGUUAGUAUUUCUAAAUGAUGCUUGCUGUUGAAGUUAAUGUGCCAUUGAACAAAAAAGCCAUUUAAAGUAUCACCUGAGUUCAGAGCAUUCUGGAUAUUGAUCGGACUGCUUCUGUCUCAUGUUUUCUGUCCCUUCAAAAAGUAUUGUCUGCUGUAUCUAUUGGAGGUGUCUCCACCUACUGAUAAUUGUAUUUUACUCCGCAUCAUACACAAAAGAGAUUCUCUUCAUAGCACUUCCAAUUAGUCCCUUGUUACUUUCUGUGUUGCAGAAUAUAUGGAUAAUGAUUUAUUCCCUCUCUUUUCUUGAAUUCUUGAUCACACUCCACUUACUUUUCUUGAAUUAUUCUGGAGCUUAUUUUGGGUUAUAUUUUUAGAAUAUAUACCUGCUUAGCAUAUGUCAAGGAACAGGUGGCCUCAUGUCUUAAGUCCUUUAAAAAUAGGAUAUAUUUGUAUGCAUAGAACUCUUUUUGCUUUCCUCACCAGGUGGAACUUUCAGACAGGUCUGCUUAAGCUUGUAAAAUUCAUUUUGAAUGUGAAGGUGCAGUUAGCACUCUUAAGCAGGUAACAAAAUUUACAUGUUUUUAGUGGUUUUGCGGUGUUCUGCUCUUCUUAUAAAUGCUGAGGGACAAAUUUGAUUAUGAGGAUAUAAAGCAGUGAUUUAUAUUUAACUCUGUAUUAAAAUGUUAAAUGGUCAUAACAUACACAAAACAAAAAUUGAAUGACUCACUAAAUCAUGAUUGACAAAUACAGUUAUAUUACAGACAUGCUGUCCGUG